CCAGCUUCAUUGCCCAUCACAAUCGUCCAUUCAUGAGUGUUAGACUGUGCUUGGAGAUACUGGGCUUUAGCUUUGAUGAGAAAACUGCACAAGCUGGAAUCGGUCCUGGCUAUAUCUGGAGAGGCCAUGAAUGAAUGAAGCCUGCGGAAACCGUGGUUGGCAAAGAAUCUCUGAAAGAGGAUUGACGUCAUGGAGGAGGCGUGACGCGAUCACAUGAUCGCCAUUCAUCUGCACGAACUCACGAAACGAGCAAUUCAGUAUCUUCUCUCCGCACUUGGUUUUUAUCGACAGUGCUUGCUGUUCUUCCUGAAAAAACAAAACUCAAAACGGAUAUUAUGAAACAACUCACACUCAAGCAUUCUGAGAGAAGAACACGGAUCAUUCCGCAUGACGAUCAGCCUGUCAAUCAUGUCGGAAGAAGCCAAGGGUCCAAGACUGGCCCCAAGGGGAAACUAAGUGGAGAGGGGUGCAGGCUGACACAUUGUACACCCAAGCUACUCUCUCACCCCUCACGACUGCCCUUCACGGUCUAAGGACGGCUUCAAUCGGUCUUCAUCCGCUCUCUUACCCUCCUUGACCUUCCGAACCUUGUGGCAUAUACGCGAUCGACCCCAAAUGGCACUCGCUCGCGCAGUAACGAUUGCGCCAACCCAGACGCAGGGUGUCUCUGUCUCGAACGUUAUAACGGCGAGCCACUCCCACCGCCCUUCGAUUACCCCGACGUUGGAGAGUCAAAGGCAACACAAGGCACCUGUGGGUCUCAUCGUCGGCGUCGCCAUUGCUAUCAUCGGAGCUAUCAUCGGCCUCUUCCUCAUUCGCUGGCUUUUCGUUCGCCGCGCCCGCGCACGUCAGCCCGCGCCCACUCCCAUCCUCCCAUUCACGGUUGGCGCACCCGCCGCUCGCACCGGCCGGACCUCCACGAGCAAAUCUUCUCUCGAUGCACCAGCUGCAUUCUCCGACCCAAACCCUAUGCGAACGCCAGCGCGUCUGCCUGGCGGACCUGGUGCCCUAGAGCUUGGCGCAUAUCCUCUGUCAUCGGCAUCAAAUCCCAGGAUGGCCCCAUCGGAUUCGUGGCAUACAUCCUUCCCGCACCCGCCGCUGUCAGGCAGCGGCCGACAAGAGCCUGGGCCAGGGUCGAGUCCUACCGAGCGUCAGGCCUGGCUUGCGUCUGAGCUUCGCAGCGCGCAGACGGCUCUGGAGCGGACCCAGGGGUACGGGACUGGGGGAAAUGAGCAACAGGAAAGACAGAGGCUAAGAGCAGAAAUCCGGGAGCUUGAGCACAGGCAGGGGAGUGCGUGGGCUCUUGGGCUGGAAUAGUCUGCUCUGGUGCGUCAGUCUUACUCACGUCCAGUCCAAUCCCCUCUGUAUGUAACAUGCUAGCUGUUGUCACGGACUUUUUGAAAUUGUGCUUCCAUGGUCGAUAUACGUUCAUCUUGUCUUAUCGGGACUAUGCGAUUGCUUGUAAGACGGCCCAGACGGAUGUGACUAAGUUUUCAAACAUUCCGUCUGCGACGUAGUCUCGUCCGAUUCUGCCUCCUCCGCGCGAAUACGUACGCCUAGCAACGAGGCUAGAAUGCUGCUCUCUUGUGCGGCUACCUUGGCUGUUGGCUUCAAUGACCGCCAUGCUCGGAACCCAGGGCCAUACAGCAGCCCCAUAAAAGGCGUCUACAGAUAAGGAUUCUCCAGCCGCGAUGGGUCCUUCAAAGUUGGUGCUUGCCCUCUCAUGCUUUGUUCUCUGCAUCCAGGCAAGUAACCCGAAGCGCGGAAUCGCACUCGUCCAGUCCAGCGAUGCCGAUCUUCCGAAAGGGAGCGGUGGCCGAUGCAGCUGGUUCUACAAUUGGGCAGCGAGCCCACCGGCAGGAUAUCCUCGAUUUCUCGAAUUCGUCCCUAUGCUCUGGGGUCACCAAGACAGCGGCAUUUUUAUUCAAACCGUCCGGCAGUUGGGUGCGUCGACGGUACUUGGCUUCAAUGAACCCAACGAAUACGGCCAGUCCAACAUCGGUGUGCCAGAAGCAGUCCAGAUGUGGAAAGCAUACAUUCAGCCGUUGAAAAACUCGGGUGUUCGUCUUGGAAGUCCCGCCGUGUCGAGUGGACCCAGUGGCCUUCCGUGGCUCGUCAACUUCGUCGCUUCAUGUUCCGGAUGCAGCAUAGACUUCGUUGUCGUCCACUGGUACGGCGAAGGAGCGACGAACUUCAUCAAUUAUCUGGCGAGCGUCCAUGCCCAGAUCCCGAAUAAGGCGGUCUGGGUCACCGAAUUCGCGUGUACCUCCGGCAAUCCCGCAGAUGUGUCCGUCUUCUUGGCGGCCGCCCUUACAUAUUUGGAUGCCCAACCUUGGAUCGAGCGGUACAACUGGUUCGCAUUCGGGCGUCCCAUAAGCGGACUCCAAACAAGCCUUUUGGACGGAGGAGGCAACGUCAACGCCCUUGGAUCCACGUAUAUUUGAAGUGGGUAGACAGACGUAGCUGGCGAUAACAAAGAGCAGGGCUCUAUAGAUCCAAAUGUAGCGUAGGCAGACCCCACAGCCAGUCUGAGGGCUCUCCAAAAAAGACAUGUUUUGAGUAGUCGUCCAAGUUCCUCAUCAACCUCCAUGUAACGUCGAGAUGAAAACGAUCUCAUCGCCAUCUUUGAGCGCAUAAUCGCCCUCUCCCUCUAACUCCCAAUCUGUAUCGUUCACCAAUACCAGAAUUCCUGGCCGUCUGUUCCGGAUCUCGUUUUCGGGUUUUCAAGGAGUCAGGGCGAGAGCAUACGCACACUGUGUCAUUCUCAACGAAGAGCUCUACGCGUUCUUUAAGGAGGGUGUCUCGCAGAUGGAAGAUCAAGAAAGAGAUGUCGACGGGUUUGGUCUCUCCAGAUUCUUCGCCGUAUGUCUUGGAAACAUGGGAAGGCACGAUCAGGCUGUGCGAGCGCUGGUUCGAGAACAAGAGCUCAAGUCCGCCGCUGAAUUCAACUUUGACGGAGGUGGACAUGUUCGUAUGAGG